AUGGAAGGUAUCGAUUAUCAUGAAACUUUCUCCCCUACUGCAAAGAUUAUUUCUGUUCGGUGCUUGUUAUCUUUGGCUGCUGCUCAAAAUUGGUCCAUUCAUCAGUUAGAUGUCCAUAAUGCUUUUUUACAUGGUGAUCUUGAUGAGGAAAUUUUCAUGUCUCCUCCUCCUGGUCUUCGGCGACAGGGGGAGAACUUAGCAGAUUACUCGUUAUUUACUCAUAAACAGGGGAAGUCAUUCACUGCUUUAUUGAUAUAUGUUGAUGACAUAUUAAUCACUGGUAAUGAUCCCAUCACCAUUUCUGCUUUAAAGAACUUUCUCAACAGCCGCUUUCGCAUUAAGGAUCUUGGUGAUUUAAAGUAUUUUCUUGGCAUAGAAGUUUCUCAUUCCAAGAAUGGAAUCUAUAUUUCUCAGAGAAAGUAUGCAUUGGAAAUUAUCAGUGAUGCAGGUUUAUUGGGAGUAGCUCCCGUUGAUACUCCUAUGGAGCGUGGUUUGAAAUUAUCUAACAAAGGAGAUUUACUUAAGGAUGCUUCAAGCUACAGAAGAUUGGUUGGCAGAUUGAUCUAUCUCACUAUCACAAGGCCUGAUAAUACUUACUCAGUGCAUGUGUUGAGCAGGUUUAUGCAUGAGCCACGCAAACCUCACAUGGAAGCAGCUUUGCGAGUUGUUCGCUAUCUCAAGAAUACGCCAGGACAAGGGCUGUUCUUUUCUUCACAAAGUGAUUUUAGACUUCGUGCUUAUUGUGAUUCUGAUUGGGCUGGUUGUCCCAUGACUCGAAGAUCCACUACGGGCUAUUGUGUCUUUUUUGGUUCCUCGUUAAUUUCUUGGAAAUCAAAGAGACAAAAGACAGUUUCACUCUCUUCUGCUGAGGCGGAAUAUAGAUCAAUAACAGGAGCUUGUUGUGAGUUGACAUGGUUGAGGAGUCUUCUCAGAUAUUUAAAUAUUCUUCAUUCUAAGCCUGCUUUGUUGUAUUGUGACAAUAGAGCAGCUUUGCAAAUUGCAGCUAAUCCUGUCUUUCAUGAAAGGACCAGACACAUUGAAAUGGAUUGUCACUAUAUAAGGGACAAGAUUCAAGAUGGUUCAGUAGCUACAAAGCAUGUGAGUUCUUCCUUUCAAUUAGCUGAUGUUUUCACGAAAGCCUUGGAAAAGGAAGUUUUCAUUCCUUUGAUUCGCAAGUUGGGAGCUCGCGACAUUCACUCUCCAACUUGA